GUGUGAGCGUGUAACGCAGUGUGGUAUGGGGUGGGCACUAGUGUAGAUGUGACCAAAACCCAAUCUCUCACUUUUCUCGGUCUCAUUUCUUACCUUCACACACAAGGACAGGUACGGGGGUGCAUGGACACUUACACGUCACACACCUUUAAACACCUCAACGCACGCACCGAUACAGAUACACAGACACACACUUGUGUUCUCACAGCUACCGUGAGUGACCGGUUGCCAUUGGCCAGGCCCACCAACCCUCUGCCUGUCCGAUCUGGAGAACAGGACCAUUUGGGAAAGAAGGAGAAAGAGCAGGACGAUGGUAAUGUUGGUGUGGGGACUUCUUGUUCUGAGUGUGGCGGCAGCCUCUCCCCCCAGAUAUGCCCGGCAAGCAGAACUGGACAACUACGACAGCAACAACUAUGAUGUGGAUCUAGAUCUGAGCGUUGACAACCAAGACGUCUACGACUAUUACAAUGAAGUUGAUGAACCACAGAUUGACACCUUAAAUCCUGAUGAGGACUCUGACCCUUCACAUAGUGCCUAUAUAGAGGAGGAAGAAGAAGAGGUGGUGCAAAAACCAGAGCAACGUUGGACAGUUGAAGAUAGAGAAGACACAGAAGUACCCAUAACGCCUCUUCUCAUCCAAUCAGGGUCUGGGGAGUCAGGAACUCUGAUGGGCCCUAAUGCACAGGGAGAGGAGGAGCUUCGUCUGACGCCCAUUGACAUCCUUCAGAUUUCUGGGGACAUUUCGGGUUCUGGUGAAAUGAACUCUGGAGCCUCUGGGGAUUCACUCAGUGAAAUAGCUUCCGGGUCUGGAGAGAUUUUGGGCUCUGGGGGUUCUAACGCCUCUGGUGACAUUUUGAGUUCUGGGGUCUCUGGGGAUUUUGGCUCUGGAGUUUCUGGGCUUUCUGGUUCGGGCAUAAUAAUGUUCUCAGGUGGAGAGGAGGAGAUCCUAAGAUUUGGAAUCACUCCACAAGAGGCGUCUGGGGAUUUUGGGGAGUCUGGGUUUUCUGGAGAGAUUGAGGGGCCUGUGGUGUUUCAAAAGUCUGGGGCUUCUGGGUUUCCUGAUGUGUCCGGAGAGUCUGGGGCUUCUGGGUUUCCUGAUGUGUCCGGAGAGUCUGGGGCUUCUGGGUUUCCUGAUGUGUCCGGAGAGUCUGGGGCUUCUGGGUUUCCUGAUGUGUCCGGAGAGUCUGGGGCUUCUGGGUUUCCUGAUGUGUCUGGAGAGUCUGGGGCUUCUGGGGUUCCUGAUGUGUCUGGAGAGUCUGGGGCUUCUGGGGUUCCUGAUGUGUCUGGGGCCUCUGGGGUUCCUGACGUUUCUGGACAAUCUGGGACUUCUGGAGUUUGGGAGGUGUCUGGGACCUCUGGUGAACCUGAAUUGUCUGGAGAGUCUGAAGCCUUUGAAAUUAUUGAGAUAUCUAAAGAGCUAUGGACUUCAGAGGUACCAGAGGUGCCUGUGGAGCCUGUGACCUCUGGGUUGCCUGAGGUGUCUGGGGAGCCUGGGACCUCUGGGGUGCCCGGAGAACCUGGUACCUCUGGGAUGCCCGAGGUGUCUGGGACCUCUGGGUUGCCCGAGGUGUCUGGAGAGCCUGUAACUACAGGGGUGCCAGUUGAGCCUGAGCCCUCUGAGGAACCUGGGGAGUCUGGGGAGAUUGAGGUCCCUGAGGAGCCCGUGGAAACUGGAGAGCCUGACAGCCCAGAGGACCCUGUGGUGACUGAAUCCCCAGAAGUCACAACAGAAAUAUUCUUUCCUGAACUAGAGGAAGAGGAGGAGAUACUCCUAACAACCCCGACCACUCCCCAGGAGGGGGCUGGGGGUGAAAUAGGGUCAGGGUUACCUGAAAUUGACCCAUACAUACCAGGUAUGUCUACCUGUGUGCUGUGUAUCUGUCUGGUUGGAUCCGUGUACUGUGAUGACCUCAGGCUGGACCGUGUUCCACCCCUUCCCAAAGAAACCACUCAUUUCUAUGCCCGCUACAAUAAAAUUGCCAAGAUUAGCAAGUCUGACUUCACCAACCUGAACAAGUUAAAGAAAAUUGAUCUGACAAGCAAUGCCAUUUCCAAGAUUGACGACGAUGCUUUCUUUGGCCUUCCUGCUUUGGAUGAGGUGAUAUUAAGAGAGAACAAUAUCAGACAACUUCCUGCUCUGCCACCCUCUAUGACCCUUAUUGAUGCUUGCCACAACCAGCUGAGCAGCACUGGCAUCCAUAGAGAAGCUUUUAAGGACAUGCCAGGGCUACUUUACCUCUACUUGACAGACAACAACAUUGACCAUAUCCCAGUUCCUUUGCCCCACAGUCUGCGCUCCUUGCACCUGCAGAAUAACAAUGUCCAGAUGAUGCACGAUGACACUUUCUGCAAUCCACAUGAUUUAAACUACAUCCGCAAUGCCCUGGAGGACGUUCGCCUGGACGGUAAUCCCGUCAACCUCAGCAGAACCCCACAAGCCUUCAUAUGUUUGCCACGUAUACCUGUUGGUAACCUUAUUUAAAAUGAAACACACUCAAACGCACACAUGCAAAACUCACACGUAUGCACAUGCAUCAAAACUCCUCUGUGAGAACUUGUUUUUAAACGUUGGGCUCGUGCAAACACUUGGAUAUGAAUGGAUGUCUUUUAAAAGAAGUUGGCAUAAAUGCAUGAACAGACUCACACUUUCACAGGAGAACUGGUGGACACUACUAUCCCUUUGCUGCUUGUAUUUAUACACACAGUAUGAAUACAUAUCACAAUGUAGGAUGUUUGUAAUCGCAUUUGAAUGAAAGACGGAAGGAUUUUGUUCAGUUGAUCGUAUAAAUGUACUCCCUCAUAUCCGAGAGAGACCAUUCACAAUGAAUCUCUCCUAGAAACACAGAAAACCAUGCAUCCAUUUGAAUCAGUCAUUUAUUUAUCAAAUACUAACAAACCUGAAAAAAUGAUGCAAGUAAUUUACAAAGGCAGAUAUCUCAGUUUAAUUUAAUUAACAAAACAAAACAAAAAAACUUAUUUUUGUGUGUGUUGUAGCCUACUUGGUGCCUGUUUGGGGCUGGUUGCAAUAGCCAGGGAGAACGGUUAAAAUUUGUUUUGUAAAAAAUAAUGAAAUAUUGUUAAUAUUCAUAAGGAAUUAAACAAAUGUUUAUGAUAAGAUUAAGGUUUGAAAGGUAAAUUUUGAUCAAUGCAAUAAAACAAAGCAUUCUAACAAUGAAUUUGUUGUAAAGUCUGUACUGUAAUAUAAAAUAUAUAAGCUGUCUUUUUGUUACAAAAACUGCAAUAUUUUAGUGUUUAAUCUAUCAAGUUGUUGUUAUGACCAUGUUUAUGUCCAUAUGGCAUUCGCACACUUAAAAACUGUUGUACUGGCUAAAGGGGUUUGAGAAUGAUUGGGGGGAGGGUGGUAAAUAUUAGCCCAGCUUUGUGUUU